AUGGCGGAUCGAUUGAAGUUCGUACAGAUAAACCUGCACAGGUCCAAGGCGGCGAUGAGCGCGUUGUCGAACCUGAUGGCGAAAGAACGAUUAGACGUGGCUCUGAUACAGGAACCGUGGACGGUUUACGACAGGAUAAAGGGUCUGAGCACGGCGGGAACGGUUCUCGUCAGACGGGUCGACGGUCGACCGAGAGCGUGUAUACUGCACACGAGUCGUAUAAGACCGGUGCUGCUUACGCAGUUCAGCGGGCAGGACGUUACCGCUGUUCUCAUGGAGAAGAGAGCCGAGUCGUCGUCGUCGUCCAGACUGUCGAAGCUGGUGAUAGUGUCGCUGUACAUGCCGCACGAUCAGAGAGAGCCGGUCCCGGUGAUCCUGGACUCCUUGAUGAACUGGAGCCUGCAACACGGAGCGAGCGUGCUCAUAGGCGCCGAUGCGAACGCGUGCCACGUUCUGUGGGGUAGCACGGUGACGAACGAGAGAGGGACAAGGUUGCUCGACUUCUUGAACGAGAACGGAUUGACGUGGCUGAAUCGUGGCUCCGUGCCGACGUUCAGCACCGCGUACAGGGAGGAAACGUUGGACGUGACGAUAGUCUCGCUGGGAAUCUGUUCGGCGUUCUCCGACUGGAGAGUAUUGGACGACACGUCUAUGUCGGAUCACAGGUACGUCUCGUUCGCGUUGACGGUCGGGGGCAUCCCGGCGAUGAGGAUAGUCAGCGAGAAGAGAUCGCUCAACGCGGAACGUUAUCUGGACGUUCUCCAGAAAAGGUUGGCAGAGUCUCCGAGAGAGUACGGGACUCCGGCGCAGAUCGACGCCUACGUGGAGCACGUGACGGACGCGAUAACCGAAGCGGCGAGAGAGGCGAUCACGCGCAAGGAGAAAGGGUUCAACGCGGGACUGCCCUGGUGGGGUCCCAAGUUGAAAGCUCUGAACGACAGGUGCAGAAGGUUGACUAAGAACCACGUUUGUGUUGGAAGCCACACCCACGGUGAUGGAAGUACCUAA